AUGGGGAAGUCCCGGAAGUCACUGACCGGAGAGUCUCGGCGGGUUCACUUUGGGCAGUGGUCCCAAAAACUCCAAGCUCUCCAGCGGGGCGGAGACCGUUCCCGACCGCGGCUUGGGGGCGGUCCGCAGGGUCUCCGAGGCCAGGCCGCGCCCGCCGCCACCGGCCGGGCCCCGCUGCCCAGCGCAGGCUGCUGUCCCCUCCCUCCUGGCCGCAACUCCUCCUCCAGGCCUGGGCUGCUUCUGCUGCUGCUCCUGCUGCUCCAGGACGUUGGAGCCCAGCAAGGUGAUGGGUGUGGACACACCGUACUCGGCCCUGAGAGUGGGACACUUUCAUCCAUCAACUACCCAUACACCUACCCUAACAGCACCGUGUGUGAGUGGGAAAUCCGAGUAAAGACGGGAGAGAGAAUUCACAUCAAGUUUGGUGACUUUGACAUUGAAGAUUCUGAUUCUUGUCACCUUAAUUACCUGAAAAUCUUUAAUGGAAUCGGAGUCAGCAGAACGGAAAUAGGCAAAUACUGUGGUCUGGGUUUACAAAUGAAUCGGUCAAUUGAGUCCCAAGGCAGUGAAGUCACAGUGCUGUUCAUGAGUGGAAUCCAUGCUUCUGGACGAGGAUUUUUUGCUUCAUACUCAGUUAUAGAUAAACAAGAUUUAAUCACUUGUUUGGAUAACAUAUCUAAAAUUAUGGAACCUGAGUUCAGUAAAUACUGCCCAGCUGGCUGUCUGCUCCCUUUUACUGAAAUAUCUGGAACGAUUCCUCAUGGAUACAGAGAUUCUUCACCACUGUGCAUGGCUGGAAUCCAUGCGGGAGUAGUGUCAAACGUCCUGGGUGGCCAGAUCAGUGUUGUGAUUAGCAAAGGCACCCCAUACUAUGAAAGCUCUUUGGCCAACAACGUCACUUCCGUGGUGGGCUAUUUAUCUCCGAGUCUGUUUACAUUUAAGACAAGUGGUUGUUAUGGGACUCUGGGGAUGGAAUCUGGGGUGAUUGCCGACCCCCAGAUAACUGCAUCAUCUGUGCUGGAGUGGACUGACCACAUGGGGCAGGAGCACAGCUGGAAACCGGAGAAGGCCAGGCUGAGAAAACCUGGGCCUCCGUGGGCUGCAUUUGCCACGGAUGAGCAUCAGUGGCUGCAAAUCGACCUGAAUAAGGAGAGGAAGAUCACAGGUAUUGUAACCACUGGAUCUUCCAUGGUAGAACACAAUUACUAUGUGUCUGCCUAUAGAGUUCUGUACAGUGACGAUGGGCAGAAAUGGACGGUAUACAGAGAACCUGGUGUGGAGCAGGACAAGAUAUUUCAAGGAAACAAAGAUUAUGACAAGGAUGUUCGUAAUAACUUUUUGCCACCAAUUAUUGCACGUUUCAUUAGAGUGAACCCUGUCCAGUGGCAACAGAAAAUUGCCCUGAAAGUGGAACUCCUCGGAUGUCAGUUUACUCUCAAAGGCCGUCUUCCAAAGCUUACUCAGCCUCCUCCACCCCGGAACAGCAAUAACCUCAGGAACACAACAGCUCAUCCCAAACUAGUUAAAGGUCGUGCCCCUAAAUUUACUCAAGCACUUCAACCUCGAAGUAGGAAUGACCUUCCUGCACAGACAGCACAGACAACUGCCACUCCUGACAUAAAAAAUACCACCGUAACUCCCAAUGUAACCAAAGAUGUCGCACUGGCUGCUGUUCUUGUUCCUGUGCUGGUCAUGGCUCUCACGACGCUCAUCCUCAUUUUAGUGUGCGCAUGGCACUGGAGAAACAGAAAGAAAAAAAUGGAAGGCACCUAUGACCUACCGCACUGGGAUCGAGCAGGUUGGUGGAAAGGCGUGAAACAGUUUCUCCCUGCCAAAUCCGUGGAACAUGAGGAGACGCCAGUUCGCUACAGCAAUAGUGAAGUUAGUCACCUGAGCCCGAGAGAAGUCACCACAGUGCUCCAAGCUGAUUCUACAGAAUAUGCACAACCCCUCGUGGGAGGAAUCGUCGGCACGCUCCAUCAGAGAUCUACCUUUAAACCUGAAGAAGGAAAAGAAGCAGGCUAUGCAGACCUGGAUCCUUACAACUCUCCAGUGCAGGAAGUGUACCAUGCCUAUGCGGAACCGCUGCCCAUCACGGGACCUGAGUAUGCAACCCCGAUCGUCAUGGACAUGUCAGGGCACCCCACAGCCUCAGUUGGUCUGCCCUCCACAUCUACUUUCAAAACGGCAGGGAACCAACCUCCUCCUGCUUUAGUGGGAACUUACAACACACUUCUCUCCCGGACUGACAGCUGCUCCUCGGGCCAGGCUCAGUACGACACCCCGAAAGGUGGGAAGCCAGCCGCUGCCCCAGAGGAACUGGUGUACCAGGUGCCACAGAGCACCCAGGAAGUAUCAGGAGCAGGAAGGGAUGAGAAGCGUGAUGCCUUUAAAGAAAUCCUUUGAAGGUGGUGCUGCUUUUUACGAAGCAUCCAUUUAAAGCACAUGGCUUUUUUAAUCCGUAGUGUAGUAAUAGUAGAAUGUAUUAAGUAUCUGUCACUGAAGUGGUUAGGGGAAUGUGGUGACCGAGGUACAAGAAACUACUUACCUUGCCAUCUUGCUUUAAAGGUGUUACUGUGUGGUACAAUUCCUGCUUGCCUGUUACAUUUCAAACAUCCUGUUUGUUACUACUGUAAAACACUAUUUUUAAUACCGAAAAAGCUCCCUAUAAUGCACUUCAAUGAACCUGAAAAUCACUGAGUAUUUAUUACCAAUGCUGCAGGUACAUUAAUGAACUUGAGAUGGUUCCGUAAGCCUUGCUGGCAAUAAUGCAUGGUACUGUUCUUGAAAUUAUCAAAUGGCUUGAAAUUCUCCCUUUGUGAAAGGUAGGUACUAUCAUGUUCUCCUCUUUCAACCCUCUAUUCCUGUCUGCAAUCUUUUUUCUCCACAACAGUGGUCCAUAACCAUCAUCAUAGCUGCAGCCGUGUGCAUUGCUCUGUUUCUCCCUAGGAAGGUGCAUAGCUGGAGCUCCCGGCCUUGCAGUAAGGUGGGUGACUGACUUCUCCUUUGGUAACACUCUUUUAACACCAGGUGGCUCAGGACCUGGUCUCACCUGUGCUCAUCCCAUCCAGGACCUUUUGUGGCCUCGCUCUAUCCUAUAAAUUUUAUAAAUGCUGGUGGCCCCUUUCAGUAGGCAGUCUUUAGGUCUUCUUCCCAGGGAAAUGGGGGAGAAGCCGCUUGGUCCCUCUGCUCCGCUCUCCGCUCUGCAGAGAUAUAUAAAUUACCUUAGGGAAAAAAUUGAAGGGAGACUAAACUUAAUUAACCUCCUUGGUUUUAUUUACACACAAGCCCAAAUACAAAAGUUUUCUCUGAGUUCCAAGUUAUUUUAUAAUUAUUUUCUUCAGUAAACUAUUACAAGAAAAAGAAAACCAGACCUGAUGACUCAGGCCUGCAAUCCCAAGACCUGGGAGGCUAAGACAUGAGAAUCCCAAGUUCAGUGCUUUGAAGUCUAAGUUCAGGAUUAACCCAGGCUACACAUAAAAUCCUGUCUCAAAAUAAGAAAUAAGGUAUGUCUUAGUGGUUUGUGCUUGCCUAUAGUAAGUGUGAGGCCCUAGAUUCAGUCCUAGUACUAAAAGAGAAAAGAGGGUCAACAUGUAUUCUUCAGUUCUGUAUAAUUCUGUGGAAAGAGGCCUAAGUAAUCCUUUGUGUCAGACCUGGUUGAGCAGUGUCAUCACUUCUGAACUGUACACGAUUCUCCCCAGCAGCUUGUCACUGCUUGAGCAUAACCUGGCCAGACUCAUGUCAGAUAGGGGAGAUUAGACAUUGUGAUGGAUUAGCCUACAGUGCAGAAACCACCUUCUGAUAGCUUUGACAUAAAAUUCUGUAUCCCUGUCCACAAACCUGUUGGUUGGCUUAGUUGUAAAGUAUAUCAGGCCAUUGGGUCCUGGUCAUUUUUCUCAGCUUAUACCACCCAGGUUCUGCAUUGCCAAACUUUACGACAUUUGGAUAGUGGUAGACAGUAUUGACUCUGCUCCCUUCCACAAGUGUGUCAGUAUUUAAAACAUUACUUCAGAAACAGAAUUGUCUGUUUCUGCAGCUUCCCUGCCUUUGCCCCCCUUGUAUGAUUUUGUUGCUUUUAUUGUAAUUUGCCUUUUAUUUUGUGGACUUUGAGACACAGUUUCACUCAUUGAAAAAUCAAUGCAUAUUUUGUUUUAAGGUAAUGAAGCAAAAAGCACAGAUACUGAACUUGUACUGAAACAAGAAUGUGUAAAGCACACGGUGCAGUUGUCCCUUUCAGGUGGGAGCAAAGUUAACCGUUUGCUGUUUUAUUUUUAUUCAUGCUCAGGAGGCAGAGUAUAGUUUUCUUGGAGUCUGAUUCCCAUUGGAAGCUUUGAGACAUUUUGAAGAUGAAGUCAUUUUCCCAAAGAAGCUUGUUAUUUUGUGUAACUGUGUCUCAGAUCAUUUUUCCCAGAACGUUUUUAAAAUAAAGCGAGGCCAUUUCUCAUAUGAUGCAUAUUGUAAGACUUGAUUCAUAUUGCCACUGUGCUGUCUUCAGCUCUACCAAUGGUUUUCAUAAAAUACCUGGUUAUUUUUAUAUUUUUUUACUUUGCAGAUGAGCUGAGCCUAAUUCAAAUGAUUUUCUCUGGUUUUGUAUUUUUGUUUAUGUAAUAUAGAUUGUUUUAGGUUCUCAGUCACUUACAUGUCUGAUACAGAGCUUUGGAAGACAAUCAAGUAAAAUGUGAAAGGAACCUUUUCUUGACCAAACUCCUUGAUUUUUUUUUUAAUUGUUUGCUUGAAAUACUCAAUACUUAAGUCACUGUGGUUUAUUCGGUUGUUCUUUCCCUGAUAAUACAGUUAUAGAAAUAUAUAGACAGUAGUUUGGCAAGUGUGGCCUUUGGAGGGUUCAGAAAAUUAUACUGACUUCGCUGUUAUUUGAUCUUUGGAACCAGCACAGAUAAAGAUGUUGUUAAUUCUGGUUUGCAUUUUAUUAAAUGCUGUUUGUAGAUCCAAGUAGUUCCUGUUGAAUAUGCCAGGUCUAGUCCAGUUAUUUAAUUCAUGUUUCACUAUUUGCACUUUGCAUUGAACAAUGGGUUUAUUCGCUGUUCACUUAGAGAGUUUCUACAGUCAUGAUGGUUACGGUGUGUUCUACGUGUGUGCUUCUCCUCUCCCUGUCCCAGUGACAAAGCAUUAAAUAUGGUUGUGGCCACAAAGCUGUGGCCAGGGAUCGAGCGAGAGCUUCUUUGCCUUGGCUCCACAUUAUCACCUGGGGAGUAGAAAACUAAAGCAGACAAGACCACUAGACAAACCCAGAGACUAUGGGGGACACUGGAUGGUGUCCAGACCCUCAGUGGAGAAUUAAUGAAGCUCUGUAUAGGGGCUGUUAAUUCUGCCUUUUGGUUUUGAACUUGAAAAGUCCCUAAACUGCAAAACCUAGUGGGUUGGGUGGUUAGCGAGUUAGAGAAUGUUUAAGUUAACUGUGGCACAAAUUCUUAUUUAGUCCAGCUUGUGUGUAGUUUCUCUUGUUUUCCACUUUUGGCACUGGGAAUGAUAAAAAUAAAACAUGUAUUGCAAUACAGAGGAAGUGAAAAUGGCUUGACUGUCAGUUAUAUUCUCCCAGAAUGUAUUUUCUUACCUCGGCAUGUACUGUAGUCACUUGAUAUUUGUAUAUGUUGCUAGAAUUUAGGCUGUUGGAAAUAGUGAGAUUCUAAUGUGUUUUUAAUAAAUUAUAUAUGUGUGUCUUA